AUGUCUUCCGUCUCAGACCCCCUCGCCCAAGGCGAGACUGCCCCCCUCCACGACGGCGGCUUCCACACGAUCCUAAACUUCCGCGACGUGGGCGCUACAAUCAACGCCCACCUCAACAAAAAGCUUCUCAAGGAGGGUCUCCUCUUCCGCUCCGCCCGCCCCGACGAGGCCACCCUCGCAGACCGAGACCGCCUCAGGACCCACUACGGCAUCAGGACCGUCAUGGACCUCCGGAGCAAGACCGAGCACAGCCAGGCCGCUGAGAAGCGCGCUGCCCUCACGAGGAGCCCAGAGGUCGUGGCCAAGAACAAGGCACUGGCCGAGCCGGCUCGGAUCCCCGGCAUUGAGUACCGGGACGUCAAGAUCACGGGGCCUGGCUUCGAGAAGCACAUGUUGGGCCAGAUGAGCUGGGGAGGUUUCUUCAAACUCAUCUCCCUCUAUACAAUCGGCCAACGCAUGCCUGCGAUCGCCACCUUAGGCCGCGAGGUAAUGACCCCCCGCGGCCUCCUAGGCCUCGCAAACGACACCCUAGACGCCUCCGGCUCAGACAUCGCCACAGGCCUGCGCACCCUGCUACCAUCAUCCUCACCUUCCUCGCAGCAGCAGCAACCCCUCCCUGUCCUGGUUCACUGCACCCAGGGCAAGGACCGCACAGGCCUCAUGAUCUGCCUGCUCCUGCUCAUCUGCUCCGUACCCCUCGAGGCCAUAGAGUACGACUACGAGCUCACCGACGAGAAGCUCGUCGAGGAAAGGGGCGAGCGGCUGCAGGAGAUCCGCGCCAUGGGCCUGAGCGACGAGUUCGGGCGGACGGUGAAGGGCUUCGUACAGGGGGUCACGGCUCACCUGGACGACAAGUACGGAGGCCUGGACAGGUAUCUGGACGGCAUUGGGUUUGGUGAGGGUGACAGAGCGGCGGUGAGGAGGUCGCUGAUGUAUUGA